UAUAUUUGUUUUGUUGAAUGUUCUGGUCCGGUUAGGGCAUUUGGCGGGGAAUGCAAACGAUACUGAGGGCCUCAAAUCACCAAUUUCUCACCCUUCCAAUCCCAACCAAUUCAUUUUCCUCCAAUUUCAAUCAAGCUGAGAGAGAGUCUGUGCUACUUGUGAUGGGUGCUCCUAAGCAGAAAUGGACUGCAGAGGAGGAAGCAGCGCUUAAAGCUGGAGUUGUCAAGCACGGUGUUGGUAAAUGGCGUACAAUACUUAAGGAUCCAGAGUUCAGUGGAGUCUUAUAUCUGCGAUCUAAUGUGGAUCUCAAGGAUAAAUGGAGAAAUCUGAGUGUGAUGGCAAAUGGAUGGAGCUCCAGGGAAAAAUCUAGGUUAGCAGUCAGAAGGGUGCAUCAGGCCCCAAAACAGGAGGACAACCCAAUGGCUAUUGCUCCUGUUGCUCCAAGUGAUGAAGAAAUUGCUGAUGUUAAGCCUCUUCAAGUUUCUAGAGAUAUGGUGCAUAUUCCUGGUCCAAAGAGGUCUAUAGUAAGAUUAGAUAACCUUAUAAUGGAAGCAAUCACUAGCUUGAAGGAGAAUGGUGGUUCUAAUAAGACAACUAUUGCAGCUUUCAUAGAGGACCAAUAUUGGGCACCACCGGACUUCAAAAGGUUGUUGUCUGCAAAGUUGAAGUUUUUGACAGCUAGUGGAAAACUGAUCAAGGUAAAGCGCAGGUAUAGGAUUGCACCUACUUCAGCGUAUUCUGACAGAAGAAGAAACUCAUCCAUGUUACUAAUGGAUGGAAGGCAGAAAGCCUCUAUGAAAGCUGACAAAGAUGACAUCAACAUCCUUACCAAGUCUCAGGUAGAUUUAGAAUUAGCAAAGAUAAGGUCCAUGACUGCACAAGAGGUAGCCGCAUUUGCUGCUCAAGCAGUAUUGGAAGCAGAAGCUGCCUUAGCAGAAGCAGAGGAGGCAGCAAAGGAGGCAGAUGUAGCCGAAGCUGAUGCAGAGGCAGCCCAAGCUUUUGCAGAAGCUGCAAUAAAAUCAGGGAAAGGGAGAAACACAAGAUGAUCCAUGCUUAAUGGCGUCUGAAGAAUUGGACAUGAGAAGCGAUGAACCGUGGUGUUGGACACAGCCGGAUACAUAUUUAUCAUUCACUGGCAUUGUCAAUAUUUUACAUAUAUCAUAAUAUUGGGGGCUCUUCCAGUGACACUCUGCAGGUUUCACCGUUAUUAGGAGAUUAUUCUGAAUUUUUUGAUCUUGAAAUAUCCAUGUAGAUAGAAACAUUGUUUCUUCCUUGUAAUAUCUUUAGAGCUCUUGUUUUUCUUUGCGCUGUGGCCAUGUACCAUUUGUAGAAAGUAGAUGUUUAGAUGAAUGGGAAUCCGUUCAAAUUUCUUCAGGAACUUGCAGCUUUAUCGGUUCAUCCUUUCGCAUAUGUUAAAAAGAAUUUUAAAGUGUAAUAAAGGUUCUGAAUAAUGUUGGAGGUGUUGUGU